AUGCUUUCUGUCGCUCUCACCCACAACCUCCCUCUGUCGGGACAUGAGCAGGAUUCCCUCCCCACGGCUGCCCUAAGGGCAGAUCAGGCCUAUGCCACUGUGAACCCUGACCAGGUCUAUGCCACUGUGAACCCUGACCAGGUCUAUGCCACUGUGAACCCUGACCAGGUCUAUGCCACUGUGAACCCUGACCAGGUCUAUGCCACUGUGAACCCUGACCAGGUCUAUGCCACUGUGAACCCUGACCAGGCCUAUGCCACUGUGAACCCUGACCAGGUCUAUGCCACUGUGAACCCUGACCAGGCCUAUGCCACUGUGAACCCUGACCAGGCCUAUGCCACUGUGAACCCUGACCAGGUCUAUGCCACUGUGAACCCUGACCAGGUCUAUGCCACUGUGAACCCUGACCAGGCCUAUGCCACUGUGAACCCUGACCAGGCCUAUGCCACUGUGAACCCUGACCAGGUCUAUGCCACUGUGAACCCUGACCAGGUCUAUGCCACUGUGAACCCUGACCAGGCCUAUGCCACUGUGAACCCUGACCAGGUCUAUGCCACUGUGAACCCUGACCAGGUCUAUGCCACUGUGAACCCUGACCAGGUCUAUGCCACUGUGAACCCUGACCAGGUCUAUGCCACUGUGAACCCUGACCAGGUCUAUGCCACUGUGAACCCUGACCAGGUCUAUGCCACUGUGAACCCUGACCAGGUCUAUGCCACUGUGAACCCUGACCAGGUCUAUGCCACUGUGAACCCUGACCAGGUCUAUGCCACUGUGAACCCUGACCAGGUCUAUGCCACUGUGAACCCUGACCAGGUCUAUGCCACUGUGAACCCUGACCAGGCCUAUGCCACUGUGAACCCUGACCAGGUCUAUGCCACUGUGAACCCUGACCAGGUCUAUGCCACUGUGAACCCUGACCAGGUCUAUGCCACUGUGAACCCUGACCAGGUCUAUGCCACUGUGAACCCUGACCAGGUCUAUGCCACUGUGAACCCUGACCAGGUCUAUGCCACUGUGAACCCUGACCAGGUCUAUGCCACUGUGAACCCUGACCAGGUCUAUGCCACUGUGAACCCUGACCAGGUCUAUGCCACUGUGAACCCUGACCAGGUCUAUGCCACUGUGAACCCUGACCAGGUCUAUGCCACUGUGAACCCUGACCAGGUCUAUGCCACUGUGAACCCUGACCAGGUCUAUGCCACUGUGAACCCUGACCAGGUCUAUGCCACUGUGAACCCUGACCAGGUCUAUGCCACUGUGAACCCUGACCAGGUCUAUGCCACUGUGAACCCUGACCAGGUCUAUGCCACUGUGAACCCUGACCAGGCCUAUGCCACUGUGAACCCUGACCAGGUCUAUGCCACUGUGAACCCUGACCAGGUCUAUGCCACUGUGAACCCUGACCAGGUCUAUGCCACUGUGAACCCUGACCAGGCCUAUGCCACUGUGAACCCUGACCAGGUCUAUGCCACUGUGAACCCUGACCAGGCCUAUGCCACUGUGAACCCUGACCAGGUCUAUGCCACUGUGAACCCUGACCAGGUCUAUGCCACUGUGAACCCUGACCAGGUCUAUGCCACUGUGAACCCUGACCAGGUCUAUGCCACUGUGAACCCUGACCAGGUCUAUGCCACUGUGAACCCUGACCAGGUCUAUGCCACUGUGAACCCUGACCAGGCCUAUGCCACUGUGAACCCUGACCAGGCCUAUGCCACUGUGAACCCUGACCAGGUCUAUGCCACUGUGAACCCUGACCAGGCCUAUGCCACUGUGAACCCUGACCAGGCCUAUGCCACUGUGAACCCUGACCAGGCCUAUGCCACUGUGAACCCUGACCAGGUCUAUGCCACUGUGAACCCUGACCAGGUCUAUGCCACUGUGAACCCUGACCAGGCCUAUGCCACUGUGAACCCUGACCAGGCCUAUGCCACUGUGAACCCUGACCAGGUCUAUGCCACUGUGAACCCUGACCAGGUCUAUGCCACUGUGAACCCUGACCAGGUCUAUGCCACUGUGAACCCUGACCAGGCCUAUGCCACUGUGAACCCUGACCAGGUCUAUGCCACUGUGAACCCUGACCAGGUCUAUGCCACUGUGAACCCUGACCAGGUCUAUGCCACUGUGAACCCUGACCAGGUCUAUGCCACUGUGAACCCUGACCAGGUCUAUGCCACUGUGAACCCUGACCAGGUCUAUGCCACUGUGAACCCUGACCAGGUCUAUGCCACUGUGAACCCUGACCAGGUCUAUGCCACUGUGAACCCUGACCAGGUCUAUGCCACUGUGAACCCUGACCAGGUCUAUGCCACUGUGAACCCUGACCAGGUCUAUGCCACUGUGAACCCUGACCAGGUCUAUGCCACUGUGAACCCUGACCAGGUCUAUGCCACUGUGAACCCUGACCAGGUCUAUGCCACUGUCCCUGACCAGGUCUAUGCCACUGUGAACCCUGACCAGGUCUAUGCCACUGUGAACCCUGACCAGGCCUAUGCCACUGUGAACCCUGACCAGGUCUAUGCCACUGUGAACCCUGACCAGGUCUAUGCCACUGUGAACCCUGACCAGGUCUAUGCCACUGUGAACCCUGACCAGGCCUAUGCCACUGUGAACCCUGACCAGGUCUAUGCCACUGUGAACCCUGACCAGGCCUAUGCCACUGUGAACCCUGACCAGGUCUAUGCCACUGUGAACCCUGACCAGGUCUAUGCCACUGUGAACCCUGACCAGGUCUAUGCCACUGUGAACCCUGACCAGGUCUAUGCCACUGUGAACCCUGACCAGGUCUAUGCCACUGUGAACCCUGACCAGGUCUAUGCCACUGUGAACCCUGACCAGGUCUAUGCCACUGUGAACCCUGACCAGGCCUAUGCCACUGUGAACCCUGACCAGGCCUAUGCCACUGUGAACCCUGACCAGGUCUAUGCCACUGUGAACCCUGACCAGGCCUAUGCCACUGUGAACCCUGACCAGGUCUAUGCCACUGUGAACCCUGACCAGGCCUAUGCCACUGUGAACCCUGACCAGGUCUAUGCCACUGUGAACCCUGACCAGGUCUAUGCCACUGUGAACCCUGACCAGGUCUAUGCCACUGUGAACCCUGACCAGGUCUAUGCCACUGUGAACCCUGACCAGGUCUAUGCCACUGUGAACCCUGACCAGGUCUAUGACAUCUUUUUGACCCAAGUGACAGCAACAGUCUCUCUGCUGCUGAUGAAGACUCCUGCCUCUUCGUCUCUGUGGACUCUCCCUGUGUCACACUCUGCUGACGCUGUAGCAACAGUCUCUCUGCUGCUGAUGAAGACUCCUGCCUCUUCGUCUCUGUGGACUCUCCCUGUGUCACACUCUGCUGACGCUGUAGCAACAGUCUCUCUGCUGCUGAUGAAGACUCCUGCCUCUUCGUCUCUGUGGACUCUCCCAUGUGUCACACUCUGCUGA